AUGAAGCUCUGCCUCUCGGGGCUAGUCUGCUUCCUCCUGCUUUCCUCACUGCCUCCAGGGGAUGGUAUAUUUGGAAAUGAUGGAGUCGAAUUUCGCACUUGUACUAGCCAUGGAGGCUUGUGUUUCUUUGGCUGUAAGCCUGGAUGGCAAUGGGUCGCAUUCUGUCACAAUGUCCUGUCUUGUUGUUUGAAAUUGAAGAAAAAUAUUCCUCCACAAGUCAAUGAAAUGUGGUGGGCCAAUUAA